AUGCAUUUAACUUCCUUUUUAAAAAUUUGUCACAGACACGACCCAAAUUUAGAAGAUUGUAUAAAAAAAUCUGUUGAACAACUUCGCCCGAAAUUAUCUGAAGGAAUUCCAGAAUUUGAUAUUCCAAGUUGUGAACCUUUAUAUGUCCCGGAAGUCGUGAUCGAUCAAGGAAAUGGUCCGUUAUCGAUAAAAUCUGAUUAUACAAACAUAAAAGUUUAUGGUCCAUCUGAAUUUGAAUUAAAAAGUGUUCGGGUUGAUUUAGAUAAAGAUCGAGUUAAGCUUAAAGUGAAGUUGCCACGUUUAGAAUUAACCAGCGAUUAUUCUAUGAAUGGAAAAAUUUUAAUGAUGCCGAUUUCUGGGUCGGGAACUUGUGCAGGAAAUUAUAGUGAUAUAGAUGCCACAGUUCUUCUUCAAGGGGGAAAAAUAAAAAAGGGAGAUCGCACAUUUUUUAGCGUAAAAGAUUUCUUCGUCGAUUUCACUAUUGGACACGCAAAACUCCAAUUAAAUGACUUAUUUGGCGGUGAUAAAGAACUUGGUAAAGCGAUGAAUUUAUUUUUGAAUGAUAAUUGGAAAAAUGUUGCUGAUGAAAUUAAACCCGUCCUAGAAGACACCAUAGCUAAUAUGUUUAAGAAGUUUGCGAACAAAAUUUUUCAUAAAUACCCAUUAAAUGUUUUA